AUGGGAGGGGACGAGGCGGCGGGUGGUGGUGCCGAGAUGCUCACUGUGGCCCUAUGCAUUGAUAAGGAGGCUACUGUUGGUGCUGUUACUAUGUCGGUACACACACAUGCGGGAAUUCCCUCGAAGUUGAAGUUGCCAGAGUUGUGUCGGUGGACAUUGAUUUGCCCUGAAGACAUAGAUAGGAAAACAGCGAUACCGUUGAGAGCCCCCCGGGUUCUGUUGAGGAAUAGAUGGGGACAAUACCUUUCGGUGGCUGACAUGACGUCAUCGUCAUCGGCUCGGUCACCUGAUCUAUGUUGUAGAGAAUCGUCUAAACGUAAAGAGUGUCUAUGGUUACUCACGCGGUUGGACGCUAUAUUGCCUUGUGAUAAUGGCAAUGAUACGAAUGAGCACGAUCCGUGGCCCUUCGUUCCUCUACUACCAAGAAUAGAUUUUUCCACAAUGCGAGUCGAGGCGCAGGAAAGGAUGUUGAUGUUGGAAAUCCUCGGGGCGAUGCUGGGCGGACGGUCAGCGCAUAUAACACAUAAGACUACACAUAGGAGCACAACAGCUUCGGGGUCCCCAUGGGAAAACCGUGUUCGUUUGAUGCUAUGUGGUGUCAAUGGUUGUGAUAUUUCUCUGCAACAAGUCGCCACCCAGAUGCUACCGACGAUCGAACACCUACACUUUGUGAAGUCAUAUCUCCAGGAACAUGAGGGUUGGGGCUUCGGAACGAUCUGUGAAGGCCUUUGUGAGGAGCUCAACAGUCUUAUAGCAGACAUAUAUGUCAGAGUUGCCGAGUUACGUACGAAGGUUGAUGCUAAUACGGAUAUGAGCUUAAGCGCGGUGAAGUUGUGCCUUGUACGUACUAGUCAGGAGCUGGAGUUGGUCUGUAGGGUGCUGCGGAAAUGCUGGCAUCAGCGCGGCGGAGCCAUUAUUGAUUCUAUACAUGAUCAGAGAAUUACCAUGCAUGAUAACGCGUUGCAUUCGCGACUACUUUCUGCUACCGUGUCACCAUUUUUGGAUCUCCUGUUCGAUUGGAUGUUGCAGGGAAAGCUCACAUCCUUGGCGCCGUUAUCUCAACAAGAGUUUCUCAUAGUUGACACUACACCUGAUAUGCUGUGCAAUUCGUCUGAAGCUGAGAAAUUCUGGAAUGAUAGAUUCAUGGUGGUCACUGAGCUCAUGCCAUUUUUCAUCACAAACAAUAUGGAGAGGAAAAUUCUCGAGGGCGGUCGGGCUCUCCGGGUCCUUAAGACGAAUACGUUCCUGCCGGCACCACCAGAUGACGUUGUCAAGUUGUGCUCGUUACCGGGUACAGCGAUGGAGGAAGCCUGGCGCCGGGCUCUGGCCAUUCUGGUUGAUAAGGCGAGGAAAUGGGCGGCUGAGCAACUGUAUGCAUACUUCGUGGAUUCACUUGAUCUCAAAGGUCGUUUGUCGUCAAUUCACUCACAUUUCCUUCUUGCGAGGAGUGACUGGUUAUCGCAUUUCCUGGACUCUGCUGGAGAGGAGCUCGAGACGCAGCUUGUGGAAUCAAUUGAUAUGAACAGGAUCAACACUCUGCUCGACUUUGCAAUACGAUCGAAUGUUAGCAGCACUCACACUGAUCCGCAUUGUGGGGAGAUGAUUGCCUGUAUGCACACCUUCCUCACUGAGGAGACUCCUAGGAAACUCGCUUCGAGGAGUUAUACGCCAUAUACGAUAGUACAGCGCAGUGCUGACGCCUCUAGAGCGCCUACGGGGAUCAGGUGCUUCACACUGGGACUACGAGAAGUUAAAUGGCCACUAUCACUGAUCCUGUCAACACCUGCGGUGUUUAAACUACAAGUUAUUUUCCGACACCUUUGCUAUUGCCGAUGGGUCCAGAAUAGGCUCUCUCAAGUGUGGUUGGACUUUCAAUCUACGAAGCCUUUCUAUUCGCCGGGACAAGACACUGAAGGUCUACAAGCUGUAUUCGACUCGUCGGUGCUGCUGUGCCGUAUGAAGCAGUUCGUGACGAAUUACGUCUACUACGCUACGACUGAGGUCAUUCAGCCCAGGUUUGAGACGUUCCUGCAGAUGUUAGAAUCAUCGUCGGCGAAUAACGACCACAGCGGUGUCGCUGCUCCGAAGGCCGCUUCUCUGGAGACAGUGAUGUCAAGUUUCCAGCAACUUCUUGAUACACUAUUGAGGGAGAUGUUAUUGACAUCAGAAUCGGUAGCCUUGUAUAAGUACCUCGCUAAGAUACUGUCGACUUGUUCUCUUUACGCUAAACAUAUGGGCAACUUCAGUAUAGGCGACACUGGUCUGGGCAAGAGUCGUGACGACGUUAGCUAUCACGAUGUGAGUAGUAUUAUGCAAAGCGAAUCCACUAUAGGAAGAUCAGCUCGAGAGAGCAGACUUGAUGCAACCAGAGAACACUACGUGAAUAAAGUCUCCGCCAAGCAUUAUCAGGCAAUGAUUGAUAAAUUCCGGGAUACUUUUGACUCCCAUCUCAAGGGUUUUCUAGGAGCACUACAAAACCGGACAGCGGAGCGAGGCAGUGCUGGUGGGGUUUAUGUCCAGCAUUUGGCACAUCGACUAGACUACAAUGAUUUCUACACCAAGAUGUACGGCUUUGAUGUCACUGACCACUGGGGCGCUUGA